AUGGACACCGCCAAUGACGUCUCCAACACUGCAAUGGACAAGGCAUCGAAGGACAUCUCCAAAGAUCUUCUUGCUCUGCAGAAGACCAACCAGAGGCUGAUGGGUGGCAUGAUGUGCAUGGGGCUAUUGGCCUUGGUGACAUGCGGGGUGUCAAUUGCUGUGGCAGUGCUGGUGCGGGAUUGCACGGACUCUCAGGAAACGAGUGCCAACAUGGCCAUCUCAGCAAACGAUGUGUUGUUGGUGCAAGAUGCCUGGGCCGAUGCUGUCCUGAGCAUCUCAAACACUUACCUUGCUGGCGGUGACUUUGUCGCAGUAGCAGGCGCAGCAGCAGCCGAGCUCUACGGCUAUGGCCACUCCGACGUGCUCUUCAAGCCAACGUUGGCAUCUGUGAACCAGUUCCGACCAACUGCGAACGGUGCCUUGUCGUACUUUGUGGGGAAUGCAAAUGUUGCGAAUGGCUAUGCGGAGGACGGCGGCUUUGCCAUCAAUGGUGGCAAGGGUUGGUCUGCAGUUGUCUUUGAGAACCACCAGAUCGAGAUCGUGCUUGCCGUGCAAGAUGCCUGGGCCAAUGCUGUCGUGAACAUCUCAAGCACCUACCUUGCUGGUGGUGACUUCGUGGCAGUGGCCGGAGCAGCAGCCGCCGAGCUUUACGGUUAUGGCUACUCCAACGUGCUCUUCAAACCAACGUUGGCAUCCGUGAACCAGUUCCGACCAAAUGCGACUGGUGCCUUGUCGUACUUUGUGGGGAAUGCAAACGUUGCGAAUGGCUAUGCGGAGGACGGCGGCUUUGCCAUCAAUGGUGGCAAGGGCUGGUCUGCUGCUGUCUUUGAGAACCACCAGAUCGAGAUCAAUGGCAACGUUGCAGCUGCCAUGGGCAACUACUACUUCACAAGUGCCGAUGAUGGCAAUGUGUCCAAGGUUGAGUACAGCUUCAAUUACAAGAGGACCGAAGAUGGGAAGCUUCGGAUCUUCCUCCACCAUUCUUCCAAGCCCUACAGUCCUUGA